AUUUUAUGUACUUCUAAGAAAUAAAAAUGCUGUUAAUUAAAAUGUGACAUGCCAUUCAUUAAUUGUAAGAUACCUUCCAUAGCAGAGAUAUUAAAACAUGCAUCUUAGAAUCAGUGAAAUAUUAUAGUCCAUUCUUUUCCUCUUUCGAGGUAGGUCUUAUGCUUUUUUGUUUUUUUCUGGCUACAAAAUUUCACAAUUUAAAAAAAGCAAAAUAAACAUAGUUUGAAUAUUUUUAUGUGUAUAGAACACUUACACAGCAUAGCUUUCCGCCAAAACAAACUAGCUAUGUGAGACAUUUUAUCUUCAGGCUGACUGGAUGUCACUGAAGCAUACUAGUGGAGAGGGUGACCUACCUGUGGAGAUAUCUGACACUAAAUGGCAUCUUGAUGACAUAAAGCACUCUACACUUUUAUGAAGGGUUUUAAUUUUCAUCACAAGGUACUGUGUAGCAUCAUGUUUACAUUGUAUGCAAGAGUAUACAAAGGUGCAAGUACAUAAUUGGCCCUUAAAAUGUAUCAAUAUAGGAUUUAGAAUCUUGCCAUGCUAUAACCCUAAAUGCAUAGAAGAGAAAAGAAUGAAAGAUUUCCUGUUCUAAGUGUUCAAUCUAGUACUAAAAUUAAUAAACAUCAAAACCCAUGCACAAAACUACCUCCCCAGAGAAAGGCUAGUCCCUUUUCCUCCCCAUCCAUUUCAUUAUGAACAUAGUAGAAAAUAGCGCAUUCUUAUCAAAUUUGAUGAAAAGUGCCAACAUAUUUGAAUUGAAGUAUGACUUUUCAUGUGAGCUGUACCGAAUGUCUACCUAUUCCGCUUUCCCCGCCGGUGUUCCUGUCUCAGAAAGGAGUCUUGCUCGUGCUGGUUUUUAUUAUACUGGUGUGAAUGACAAGGUCAAAUGCUUCUGUUGCGGCCUGAUGCUGGAUAACUGGAAACAAGGAGAUAAUCCUAUUGAAAAGCACAAAAAGUUGUAUCCUAGCUGUAGCUUUAUUCAGAAUCUAAAUUCAGUUAACAUCUUGGGAGCCACUUCUCAGCCUACUUUUCCUUCUUCAGUAACAUAUUCCACGAACUCAUUACUUCCAAGUUUGGAAAACAGUGGCUAUUUCAGUGGCUCUUAUUCAAGCUUUCCAUCAAAUCUUUUAAACUCUGGACCAAAUCAAAAUUUUUCUUCCUUGAGGAUAAGUCCCUACCGUUGUGCAAUGAAUACCGAAAAAGCCAGAUUACUUACUUUCCAGAUGUGGCCGUUGACUUUUCUGUCACCAACAGAUCUGGCAAAAGCAGGCUUUUACUACAUAGGACCUGGAGAUAGAGUGGCCUGCUUUGCCUGUGGUGGAAAAUUGAGCAACUGGGAACCGAAGGAUGAUGCUCUGUCAGAACACCUGAGACAUUUCCCCAACUGCCCAUUUUUAGGAAAUCAGCUUCAAGGCACUUCAAGAUACACUGUUUCUAAUCUGAGCAUGCAGACAUAUGCAGCCCGCUUCAAAACAUUCUGUAACUGGCCCUCUAGUGUUCCAGUUCAUCCUGAGCAGCUUGCAAGUGCAGGUUUUUAUUAUAUGGGUCACAGUGAUGAUGUGAAAUGCUUUUGCUGUGAUGGUGGGCUGAGGUGUUGGGAAUCUGGAGAUGAUCCAUGGGUGGAACAUGCCAAGUGGUUUCCAAGGUGUGAGUACUUGAUACGAAUUAAAGGACAAGAGUUCAUCAGUCGAGUUCAAGCCAGUUACCCUCAUCUACUUGAACAGCUGUUAUCUACGUCAGACAAUCCAGAAGAUGAAAAUGCAGAGUCACCAAUUAUUCAUUUUGGACCUGGAGAAAACCAUUCAGAAGAUGCAGUCAUGAUGAAUACACCUGUUGUUAAAGCUGCUUUGGAAAUGGGCUUUAGUAGAAGGCUGGUAAAGCAGACAGUUCAGAGUAAAAUCCUAACAACUGGAGAGAAUUAUAAAACUGUCAGUGAUCUUGUAUUAGAUUUACUUAAUGCAGAAGAUGAAAUAAGGGAAGAGGACAAAGAAAGAGCAACUGAGGAAAAAGAAUCAGAUGACCUAUCAUUAAUCCGGAAGAAUAGAAUGGCACUUUUUCAACAUUUGACUUGUGCGCUUCCAAUCCUGGAUAGUCUACUAACUGCCAGAGUGAUUAGCGAGCAGGAACGUGAUGUUAUUAAACAAAAAACACAGACAUCCUUACAAGCAAGAGAACUGAUUGAUACUAUCUUAGUAAAAGGAAAUUUUGCAGCCACCAUAUUCAAAAACUCUCUGCAAGAAAUAGACCCCAUGUUAUACCAGCAUUUAUUUGAGCAACAAGACAUAAAAUACAUUCCCACAGAAAAUGUUUCAGAUUUACCAAUGGAAGAACAAUUGAGGAGACUACAAGAAGAAAGAACAUGUAAAGUGUGUAUGGACAAAGAAGUGUCUAUAGUGUUUAUUCCUUGCGGUCAUCUAGUAGUUUGCAAAGAUUGUGCCCCUUCUCUAAGAAAAUGCCCUAUUUGUAGAGGUACAAUCAAGGGUACAGUGCGUACAUUUCUUUCAUGAAGAAGAUCUAAAACUUUGUCUAAACUUUAGAAUUAGUGGAUUACAUAUAUUGUAAUUUUAACUUUGAUACUGAUUUGGUUUCUUUAAGAUUUCUUAUUUAUUUACAACAAUUUUGUUUUAUAUAAAUAUUUAUCUAAAACAUGAACAUACAUAUUUUAUGUAGCAUGGGAAUGAUAGGCUUUUGUUUUUGUGAACAAAAAACAGGGAUAGCACUAUAAGCACAAUACUAAAUGAAAAUUUCAGCACUAUUGAAAUUGUAAGUGAAGUAAAAUUUAAGAUUUUGAACUGAACUUUCAGAAUUUUAAAUAUUUUGGAGUUGUUUUAAGGAUCAGGAACAUGGAUUCUCUUGUUUUUUCCAUCAAUGUCCUAUACAUAGAAGGUCUUGAUGUUUGUUGAAUGACUUUUUCAGGACAUGAUGUUUUUGUAAAGAAUUCUGUGAGGAACAUUUUAAUAAAGCAAUCAAAAUUA